AGCCCCGCAUGUCCAAAUCCACCACCUAGGAUAUAAAACAAAGAAAAAAAAUGGUGCAACAUGACAAGUUAAAAAGCAUAAAGUUCAACCAGGACCAGCAACCUGAAUACAUGAGGACAGAUAUACUAGAUUUAUCUGAUCCUGUUAGCAAUUCAUUGGCUCAUGCACUGGUUUGUAAUUUCUUUCUCUUUUCAUUUGUUUAUCUCAUGUUCUUGUAUUAAAGGCGGUGACAGUGACAGAUUGAUCAAAACGAGAGAACUUUGCUUCCAGUCAUGUCGAAUGAGGAGCUGAAGAUUCGCAGCGAGCUUGAGAUGGAUAUAGAAAGAGAUUUAGAGCAAGAAAUUACAGAUGGAAUAUACCAUCUUGCACUGAGAUUGCACAGACUUUAUCAAAACCAAAAAGAAAGGAAUAAAAGAGAAAUAUCAGAAUCUGGUGCAGCAAAAAAAAUUCACCAGGAAACAAAGAAAAAAUUACUCUCUGAAGUCAGCAUAAGCAUAAAAUUGGAUGCAGGAACCAAGAUUGAAAUAAAAGAGAUCAAGAAAGAAGCUCCAACUAGGCCCAGAAGUUCAAGAUCAGAUCAGAAUUUUCAGGGCAUGCUUCAUACUAAGAAGUUUGAUUGGGCCAGGAGUCUAAGGUCAUCAGGUUCAGCUUCUGCUGUGGCCAUUAGCAGGAGAAACGAAAGAUCACUCCAGGGUAAAACACUAAGCAAUUACCCUGCAGGUCAGUGUAUGAAUCUGAACCCUGAUAACAAUGCCAGGAGAAAUCUCACUAGUGCUGCAGGGCAUCGAAAAAUCAGUGCAAGUGUUGACAAUAAUUAAGAUACCUGAAUUGGGAUGGAAAUGCCAAAAAUUAUAUAUUGAGUAUUUAUUAUUUGUUAAUUAAUGCUUUUGGUUUGUUGAUUUGGACAUGAGAAUGUUGUUAUGAUCCUUAAGAACAUGUGAAAAUAUGUAAGUUUAGAAGUGCUUUUGAAAAUAUUUGUUAAAAGGUUUUCAUUAUAAUG